CACCACUCGCGUAGCGACGAGCCACAUAGCAGUGCGCUCUUCAAGUCCGCUUUCAUUUCUGCAUUUCGACUUUGGUUUCUAUUUGGCUACCGCAUGAAACUACACUUUAUUCAUUAUCCGCCUCAAGGAUAAACUCCACUUGACGCAGUGAACGUUGAAGCUUAUCAGGCUAGCUUAGCUCGCUAGUUAGCUUAGCUUGCUAGCUGCUAACAAAGACGCGGCACAACGUCAAGCGGAGACAAUGUGUCAAGUACAAAUGCUCAGGGCGAUGGUCAAUCGGCGACUAAAUGCCGCCGUCGAAGAAAUAUUUGUAAUGUUUGAAAAAACGAUAGCAGAAUACGAGCAGGAACUUUCUCGAACAAAAGAGGAGAACGUGCGACAACGUCGGCUCCUGGACGCAGUUUUCAAGAAGCACAGAACAGACGUCUUUGAAGAGCAUCUUCUCCCUGAGCAGCAGGAGGAGCCACGGCCCCCCCACAUUAAAAAGGAAGAGGAGGAACACAGCAUCGGUCAGGAGGGAGCGCAUCUCUCAGCACUGGAGGAGGUUGAUGUCACCGAGGUGCCAUUAACUGGUGUCAUUGUGAAGGUUGAAGAUGAUGAGGUCACAGGUGAAAGUGAGCAGGAGAGAGAGGCGGAGCAUCCGAGCAGCAGCUUAACUCAACACAUGACAAGAGAAGCUGACGGAGACCACUGUGGAGGAUCACAAGCAGACAAGCUCUUAGCUCCACUAUCAGACAUUGAUGACACGACGUCACUCUCUCCUGACAGCGACGAUGAAGACUAUGACGCUUACAAGACAUGUCACACUGUCAACACACACUUGAAAUGCACUUUCUGUGACAAAACCUUUAAUCACCGUGGCAAUCUGAAAGUACACAUGAGAACGCACACGGGGGAAAAACCGUUCAUGUGCUCAGUUUGCACUAAAAUAUUCUCUCGGAAAUCAAGUUUGAAAAUACACAUGAGAAUACACACCGGGGAAAAACCUUUCAAAUGUUUGAUCUGCGGUAAAGGUUUCGUGCGAAAAUGGGACGUGAAAGUCCACAUGAGAACACACACCGGGGACAAACCUUUCAUGUGUUCAGUCUGCGGUAAAGGUUUUAAACACAAUGUCGAUCUGAAGGUACACAUGAGAACGCACACUGGAGAAACACCAUUCAUGUGCUCAGUUUGUAGCAAAACAUUCACCCAGAAAGCAAAUUUGAUAAAACACACAAGAAAGCACACCGGGGAACUACCUUUUCUAUGUUCAGUGUGUGGUAAAGGUUUUACACACAACGGUGAGUUGAAACGACACAUGGGGAAACACACAGCCGUGUGUGCCAUGACAGAUUCUCUUCUGAGUGUUUAAGAAACACACGUGUGCUGGUGAGAACAGCAGCAGCAAAUGAAGCUGGGACUUUCUAACACCAUCACCUCCAUACAACAUGUGUGACAUCAUUGUUGUGUGUGUAACACAAUCUUGUUUAUAUGCUUUUACCAUUCAUAGAUAGAUUUGUUAGAUUGGUACUUUUAUCUCAGUCAUGUACAUGCAUUAAUAUACAAACCCCGUUUCCAUAUGAGUUGGGAAAUUGUGUUAGAUGUAAAUAUAAA